AUGGCAACUAACGAGCCUAAGUUCCCACCUCAGAGCCAGAAAACUCAACCAGGAAAAGAACAUUUAAUGGAACCACUACCACAAAGCAUAAAUCCUAACCACAAGCCCUCCAACAAACUAAGGGGAAAGGUGGCGUUGGUGACCGGAGGUGACUCAGGUAUUGGAAGAGCUGUGUCUCUGAUAUUUGCAAAAGAAGGUGCUACAGUGGCCUUUACAUACGUGAAGGGUCAUGAGGAGAGGGACAAGGAUGAAACAUUGAAGAUGUUGCUAGAAGCCAAGACAAGUGAUGCACAAGAGCCAUUGGCAAUUGCUGCUGAUAUUGGUUAUGAUGAUAAUUGCAAACAAGUGAUAGAACUUGUUGUCCAAGAAUAUGGACACAUUGAUAUUCUUGUCAAUAAUGCAGCUGAACAGCAUCUUAAAGACUCAGUUGAGGAAAUCACCGAGGAACAGCUUGAAAGAGUCUUCAGGACCAAUAUCUUUUCAAACUUCUUUUUGGUCAGGCAUGCUUUGAAGCACAUGAAAGAAGGUGGUUCAAUCAUAAACUCAAGUUCAGUGAACGCGUACAUUGGAAAAGCAGAAACACUGGACUACACAUCGACGAAGGGAGCGAUUGUUGCAUUCACUAGAGGUCUUGCUCAGCAGCUGGUGAAGAAAGGAAUAAGAGUGAAUGCUGUUGCUCCAGGUCCAGUUUGGACGCCGAUUCAACCGGCUAGCAUGCCUGGUGAGAUGAUAGAGAACUUGGGGUCUGAGGUGCCAAUGAAACGAGCAGCACAGCCUAGUGAGAUUGCACCUUGUUAUUUGUUCUUGGCUUCCCUUCAAGACUCUUCAUACUUUACUGGCCAAGUUCUCCAUCCAAAUGGUGGGUUGAUUGUGAAUGCUUAA